GUGCUCUCUUAUGUCCUGGAUUCGCCGCUGCGAGAGAGCUUCAUUCACCGACGCAAUCUUCUUCAGUUCAUCACACCAGAUACCCAGCUCUGUAAAAUCACUCUCCCCGCUCUUCAACAGAUUAAUCAGCACCUGGCAAUCAGACUCAACAAUUAGUGAGCUGAGGGAUCUCCGAUUUGCUUCCCGAAGACCCAUCAUCAUCGCCUUCGCCUCCCCUUCCACUGGCCGACAUAGGCCUCUUUCUUUCUUCACCAUCGCUCCCACAAACUGUCCAUGCAGCAACUCCCAGUUAUAGUACCAUAAGCUUGCUAUUUGGAGCAGCAGCUUGGGACGAAGGCUUCUUUUGUACAGAACUGAAGGUCUUGGAAUUAAUGCUAGGAGCUCUUAAUGUACAAAGCCUCGUUUAGAAUGGUAUUUACUUUCUAUUUCAUGUUGUGGUUGUGCUCAACAUUUGUGCAUCAUGUUUGAUUAGCCAUAUCCAAAGUACGUGGUUAGAGUACAAGGUAUGUGGUGUAGAGUAUAAGAUAUAUGGUUAGGGU